CUGGAGAUCAGUGCGCAGCAGACGCGCAAGGCGCUCCUCAUUCGCGCUCAGACCUGCAGCCGCACGCCAGGAUCAUGAUGGUUUAGAAAGUGUUUUCGGGGGAUCUAAAUGUUUCUGCGUGCCAGCUGGAUUGUCCCUCUUUCCUCUCGGACUGCUGGAGACCCGAUGGGUCGUUUUACGCACACGUGCAAGAAGUCCUCGCGAACCACCGAAUGUCCGGAUUAACAAACCCAGUGGAUGUACUGAGUGGGUUCGAGAGGUAUCAUAUUGAUGGAUCGAUAAAUGAAAUAAAUCUCCCUUGGAGUGGAGUGUUUUCUUGGCAGCACCUGCAGCCAGCAUGGCUCUACCAAACUCACAGAGGGCUCCCGGAGAGGAGAAACCCAACCCCAGCGUCAUAGACCUGGGGACAAUUUUCGUUGACUCGGACAUCAUAUUUGGGUUCACAAGUCACCUGCUGAAGAGAAAAACGAGGGUGGAGGGAUGUACAGGUGGAGAGUCCCCUGUUGCCCCCAGGAAGAGACUUCUUUCUGCGGACGAGGCGCUUUGCAGCAGCCGGCCACCCCCUGAUGGCGCCGGGUCAGUAUCCAUCUCUGAGACGGAGAAGCAAGAAGGUUUUUGCCAGCAAUGUCAGAAGAAAGUUUCAGAACUGAAGAAGCAAGCUCUAGCUUUGGCUGACCAAAAUUCACUAAAGGACCCUGGGUAUGCAGACUUCCUGUUCAAGCAGCUCCAAACACCUGGAAAUCAUGACCCAGGCUGUUGCCAGGUGUGCUCCACGCCUCUCUGCCAGCUGAAACAGGAGGCUUUGCAGACGCUCAGAGCUCCCACUGUCACCUUCGGGGGAAACUCAGCGGCCUUGCUCACUCCAUCUUUUAUACCACAGCCCUUGGGAUUCACCUUGUCAUCCUCCACUGCACACACAAAACAGUUAUUGAGGAGUCAGCCCGACGCCUGCUCUGUCCUGCCUUUAGGGCAGCGGCACAAGGUUCCAGGAUGGUCCCAAAGCACCCCUGCACCUUCAGAGCCCAAAACCAGCGUCCAAGUGACAGUGGCUGGAGGGCAGUUUACUGGAUCGCUGAGCACCGUCACCAUCCAGGCACAGCAGUACCUCGAGGGGAUGUGGAGCAUCUCCAGAGUCAACAACUUUCUUCCUCCUCCCAAAGCUGCUCAUGGUUUGAUGGGGGUUGCAGACGGGGACGCCUCGGAGUCGCCAGUCACCACCAUGACCAACAGCAGCAGCAGCAACACCGUGACGCACUGCCGACUGAGAGGCUCCAGUCAAACAGGUCUCCCCGUACCUGUAGCGACCUCAUCCACCUCUACAUCCCCAUCUGCAGCAGCUUCCUUCUUUGUCAGGGCAGCUCAGAAGCUGAACCUGUCCUCCAAACGGAAGAAACACCAGCCUUUGCCCCUCCACCCCCAGGAGCCUUCCAUCUACCCGACCAACUUCAGUGGCAUCCUUCAGGUCUCACCACCCCCUGCUCCGCCAUGCCUGCUCCGAGCUGUUUCCAAGGUGAAAGAGAACCCAGGAAUGGGAAAGGUGAAAGUGAUGAUGCGAAUCUGUCCAUCUCUGGAGGAUGCAGACUCUUCAGAGUCGCAGUCCUUCCUGAAAGUUGACAGCAGGAAGAAGCAGCUGACCCUCUACGACCCAGCGUCUAGCCCACACUCCAGUUCAGGACACAGGAGGUCCGCCACUGUGGCCGUUCCAAAGAUAUUCGCCUUUGAUGCUGUUUUUACCCAGGAUGCCUCACAAGCGGAGGUGUGCUCAGGAACAGUAGCGGAGGUCGUCCAGUCUGUUGUGAACGGAGCAGACGGCUGCAUCUUCAGCUUCGGUCAAGUCAAGCUUGGCAAGACAUACACCAUGAUUGGCAAAGACAGCUCCACUCAGAGCCUAGGCAUUGUACCCUGCGCCAUUUCCUGGCUCUUCAAGCUCAUCAAUGAGAGAAAGGAGAAGACUGGCACUCGGUUCUCAGUCCGUGUGUCUGCUGUGGAAAUUUUUGGAAAAGAUGAAGAGCUUAAGGACUUGCUGUCAGAAGUGUCAACAGGCAGCCUACAGGAGGGCCAGUCACCGGGAAUCCAUCUGAAAGAGGAUCCCAUCUGCGGCACUCAGCUCCAAAAUCAGAGCGAGCUGCGUGCUCCGACCGCCGACAAAGCUGCAUUUUACCUCGAUGCGGCCAUUGCCGCGCGCAGCACCAGCAGACCAAAUGUUGAGGAGGAGGAGCGGCGCAACUCUCACAUGCUGUUCACCCUGCAUGUUUAUCAGUAUCGCAUGGAGAAGAGUGGCAAAGGCGGAAUGUCAGGCGGGCGAAGCAGGCUACACCUUUUAGACUUGGGGAGCUGCGAAAAGGUUCUCAGUAAAAGCAGAGACGGGGGAGGAGGCUUGUGCCUUUCUCUCAAUGCAUUGGGAAAUGUCAUAAUGGCUUUGACAAAUGGUGCUAAACACGUUCCUUACAGAGACAGCAAAUUGACAAUGCUGUUGAGGGAGUCCCUGGGCAACAUUAACUGUAGAACCACAAUGAUUGCCCACAUCUCAGAUGUCCCAGCCAACCAUGCCGACUCACUCACAACCAUCCAGUUGGCCUCUCGCAUCCACCGGAUGAGAAAAAAGAAAUCCAAGUAUGCAUCCAGUUCCUCUGGUGGAGAAAGCUCCUGUGAGGAAGGAAGGAUCCGUCGGCCACCUCAUCUUAGACCUUUUCAUCCUCGGACUGUAGCCCUAGAUCCAGACCUGCCCUCUUUUCUCAGUGACCCAGAAUACUCCUCCAGUAGCGAACAGUCUUGUGAUACAGUUAUUUACGUUGGUCCUGGGGGAACAGCAAUUUCUGACAGGGAGCUCAGUGAUAAUGAAGGUCCACCUGCUUUUGUUCCAAUUAUCCCUUCCCUAAACAAGAAGAAAUCAGCAAAAGAGGACCCUCUAGCCAGAGACCAGUUCUUUAAAUGCAACACAUUUGCUGAGCUGCAGGAGAGGCUUGAGUGUAUAGACGGUAGUGAAGAACCCACCGCCUUUGUUGGAGAGGGCAAGCGAAGCCAAGCUAGCCCCAAAACUGAAAAACCUAAAGACAGCCAAGGUUCUAAUUCACCAAAGACUUUAUCAAAUUUUUCUAACAACCAAGAUGGCCUCUCAGCCAAACAAUCUCCAAAAUCUGUCCCAAUCCAGCCAUCCUGUAGUCCCAGUACUAGAUCCAAAAUGGACAAUGUCAUGAUGCAAUGCAUACCUGAAGAAAGGACACCAGUUGAGAAUGUUCAAAAUGAAUGCAGAAGUAGUGCUGAUGGCAAAAAGGUGUUGGUCUCCGAGAUUCCAGUCAGUAGAGAUAAGUUGGCAACUACUGUUGCACCAAGCACAGAGCCUGUGGUGAGAGAAAAGAUCCAUUUCAACAAGAAAGCUUUGCCAAAACCAGCCCCACCACCUGCACAGCAGAAAGAAAAUAGAGAUACUGAAGAAAGAUCUAGCACCAGAAUGCCACCCGUGGGUAUGAGCCACCAAGCCGUCAAAAGAAGAGACCCGUGCACCUCCUCUUUGUUCAGAGGUCCUGUUGAAGUUUGUCAAGUGCGCUCUACCUUGAGGGAUAGAUGUCUGGAUAGGGACAUCCUAAAAGCUACUGUCACACUGCAGCAGCCUGUGGAGUUGAAUGGAGAGGAUGAGUUGGUAUUUACUGUGGUUGAAGAACUAUCAAUUGGUAGUAUUUACGAUAAGGGCCGGCCAUCAAGUAUUAUCAGCUUUAACAGUGACUGUUCACUUCAGGCCUUGGCCUCUGGUUCCCGGCCUGUCAGUAUCAUCAGCAGCAUUAAUGAUGAGUUUGAUGCCUAUACAUCAACUGUUGUAGAAUCAGAAGUCAAUACAGCAGUUGUCAAACCCAUUCAGGUGGGUCCAGUAGAGUAUAUAGACAGCAGGGGCUCAUCUAUUAGUUCUUGGCUGAGUGAAGUUAGUAUAUGCACUGUGGAAAGUGAAGGAGCUCAUCCUAUAGAUGUUUUCCUUCCCCAAGUCAGAAACAUCGGACCAGAGUCAGUCUUUAACUUUGAUUCUCUGGACACUUAUCAUUGUGUGUCUUCUCCCAGAGAGGCUAAGAGUUCCCUAAAUGACAGUGGGUUGAGUUUUUCUGAGCAAGACAGUGAUAGUGCUGCCUCAAGCAAACUGUCAUUGACAAGAUGCCCCCCUUCACCAGAGUUAACAAAAGGCUUCAUCCAAAACACAUCCAAUAUUAUUAAAGCAAACUCACUUAACUCCGCCUCACCUCCACAGGACCCCUUAAUAGUUCAAUCCAGCCUUCCUAGAAAGAUCAAACCUACCUCAUACAUUUCCCACAGUCGUAGCAGUAGUAGCGGCAGUGGUAAAGAUCCACAAAGGCAAGAAGUUAAGCAAGCAGAUCCUUGGCAGCGGACCAACAACCUCUCAGAACCUCAGUUUUCUGACUUCAGCAGCACCAGCAAAUUCCUCAGAAAUGCCCCUAGUGGUAUACUUUCCAGCAAACCAUCCAGCAACAGUGUACCUCGCCCAUCCAAGAUGCAGGGUCCUACCUCAUCCCAUAGGGUGGUUGAUGGCUGUGAAAAUUCAGCCAUACAUUUUACACCCACUAAGAUGCCUCAGUUGAGAAGAGGUGCCACUACCCUAGGAACUGUGCCCGUCAUUCACCCCUCUGUAGACUACAAGGGAACCCAAGAUUUUGUUGCAUCUACCACAAGCCUUAAAUUCUCCUCCUUAGGGAAAAACAAUAAGGCCAAUUCACAGAAAACAGGUGGUCCCUCUAAACCUACCUGCACCUCACCGCCUCCCCCUCCAGUUAGAAAGUCCAGUCUUGACCACAAGACUAAGAUCUUGCUUCCCCAAAGUGCCUUAAAGUCAGCAUAUGGGGAUGGAGGGAGGACCUCUGGGACAAGGACAGCUGUAUCAGAAGAUGAACUUGACAUUCGUCACAGAACAGACCAUGCCAGUUUCAAAACCUCAAGCCUCAACCAUGCCAAAGUUACCUCCGGCCCAAAGGCAAAAGGAUCUAAAGGAGAGACUGGUCUCCAUUAUGGCAGUCAAAUGUCAUUGGAGAAGUGUGAAGGUCUGUCUUUAUCAAGUUCCAGGGUAGCACUUAGCAGAGAAAACAGUGGGGCAAGUCUGGGUGGUAAAUCCAGUAAGUCUAUCCCAAAAUUUGGUAUCCCUAAUUCGUCAAGCUCUCCAAUAGCCUCAUGCCCAUCGACUCCAAGUGGUGGAAAUAUUAGCAGAACUGGUCAGGUAAAACCUGCAAACCCAAAAGCAUUAGGAACAGUUAAUGGUAGCAAGGCACGUUCCCUGUCAGCUAACAACUCAAAAGGGCUCAGCUCAUCAACAAAAUCUCUGACUCCUCCUGUCAACAGAAAUGCCAAUCUUCCUCCAUCAGGACGAACUUCUGGUCCUCGAACCCCAACGCCAGCCACCAGUAAGACAGGAAGAGGGACAAUUAUGGGCACAAAACAGGCCAUUAGAGCUGCAAACAGCCGUGUGAGUGAACUGGCAACGGGCAACAUGUCAGGCAAACAUGGUAGAUGCUCUGGAGAUUCAGACAGUGGUAAUGAUAGUGGAGUAAAUGUGAGUGACGAUAAGUCACCUACAGCAUUGCUACCCUCUCCAUACAGUAAAAUCACUGCACCCAGGCGGCCUCAACGCUACAGCAGUGGCCAUGGGAGUGACAACAGCAGUGUCUUGAGCGGGGAGUUGCCUCCAGCUAUGGGCCGCACAGCUUUGUUCUAUCAUAGUGGAGGCAGCAGUGGAUAUGAAAGCAUGAUAAGAGAUAGUGAAGCCACAGGAAGUGCUUCUUCUGCCCUUGACUCUAUGAGUGAAAGUGGAAUGUCAUCGUCUGGAAGAGCACGGAGCUCCAAGUAUCCCAAGAAAAAAGCAAAUGGAUUCCAAAGGAGAAGGUUGAUCCCAGCACCUUUACCAGACACCUCAUCCAUGGGGAAAAAGGUGAGCACAACAGGCCAGUGGGUGGACUUGCCUCCUAUUUCUGGACCAUUGAAGGAGCCCUUUGAAAUUAAGGUGUAUGAGAUAGACGAUGUAGAACGACUCCAAAGACGGCACCAGGAGGAAGCCCCUGAGCAACCAUUUCAAGAUGUUGAUAAGGGCUUGAUGUAUUUUAACAACAAACUGAAGAUGUUGGAGAAAAGGCAACAACAAGUGAAGGAACUGAAGGCAAAGCAUCAAGUGUUGUUAGAGGAGCUGGAGGACACCAAGGCCCGACUGAUGAUGGACCCCAGCAAGUGGUUGGGAGAGUUUGAGGUGGACCCGAGUCUGGAUAAGGAGUCUAUAGAGUACUUGGAGGCCUUGGCACAAAUCACAGAAGAGCUGGAAUUCUGUGUCAACCUGUGCAAGUCUCGUGUUAUGAUGGUGACCUGCUUUGACAUUAGCAUGCCGUCAACACUAGCCACUCAGGAGAGACUGCGGGAAGUGGAAGUCUGAGGACAAAAGCAAGUCAAGACGGAAAAAAGGAAGUGAAAGUGAAAAAAACGAAGGGAGAAGAAAUGUAGCAGCCGGUCUGUAGAUAUCGCAAAAAAAAAAGAGAGAGCCAGAGAUGUGGAGUGGAGCUUUACACAAAAACAGAACUCUCGACCAUCUAGCUACAGUGCCUCCUGUCAAAGAAAUGGCAGAGAAACAAUGUGUGUGUUGUUGCCUUUAUGGCAAACUUACUCAAGACUCAAUGGACUUCACCUAAAAGUGCCUUUUUUAUUGCUUUGAUUUGAAACCUUAUUUUUAAUAUGGUGCGGGUAUCUUCAGCAUACCUAAACACGCCGUGAACAUGUUGCUGUCAAGAAAAGUAUUUUAGAUCCUGUUGUACAGUGUAUUUAAAUGAGUGUGUGGUAUGUACAAAAAUCUUUCUAAAGGGAAAAGAAUAAAGAAAAAAGAAGAAGCAAUAAGCUAAUGUUAUUGCGCUCAUAGACUUUUGCCUUUUCUCUCGUUUCAAAACCUCAGCCAACAUUUUGUCCGUUUUCAUUCAGCCUCUUGCGCCUUAUUUUAACACUGGCUAUGUAGUGUUUUCUAGAAUUUCAAAUUGGACUGUGUUGUUUCAUCAAUGACUGCAUUUGCUAAUGUCACUACCCCUCUGCCAGCUGGCUUGUGAAAGCUUGCAGGGUGGAGUGAACAUUUUUUUUCCUCCAGUUGCCUUGAUUAAAAUGGGUGUCAGUGCCCUAUGGUAGAGGGGCAGUGAUUUUGGGGGAUAGCUUAUUCGAACUGCAUUUAUCCACUUUUUCUCAGUGAAAGUGAGAGAUUAAGCCAAAACAUAUCAAUCUAGAGGGCACUGUGAAAAGAAAUGAAUGAUUUAUCUUGAUUCAGCCAUUGUCUACGGUGCCUCGGAAAAUGGUCAUGCAACCCUGAGGGAAUUCCCUCAUCUCUCCUGUGAUAAUAGUAUCAUAAUGGUGAUGCUCAUCAGUCCAAUUUUUUCGCAUGUUGGGCUACACUGAGAGCUUUCUACAUAUUGUAAGAAAAAGAGGCACAGAAAGGACAGCACAAGUCUAAAAGCCUUUUCUUUUCAGUACAGUAAGUGUCCUAUGCAUUCCCACUCAUUUAUACUGAAGAUUGCUAUAAGAACAAACAGUAACAUAUUCAGAAUUUACUUUGAGUUUCCCAUGAAAACAUCUGGCAAGAGGGCAAGUGAUUGUGGCAUUGUUCUGGAAACUCAAUUAUUAAACCAACGUUAUUUUGUUGCUGCCAGAAAGUGCUCUACAAAUAAACAGCAGUGAACGAAAGAGGUUGGAGAAACAUACUAGGGGGUGUUUCACUUCUGUAUCUAUGACAAAAUUGAACUUUUCAUGUUGUUUUGUUUUUGUUUUUAUAAAGUUGACCCUCAGGCCCUCUCUGAAGAUGCUGCAUGAUAUUUUUUAAUCAUUUGUAAGAUUAAUUUCUACACCAUUUUUACCAUUCUACUUUUUUAAUAUAUCAGUGUUCACCAACGGUGGGGUGAGGUUCAUAAAUAUAA